AUGGAGAUGUAUUUCCCCCAGAACGACUCGUGGAUCGGGCUGGCCCCCCUGAGCAUCCCCCGCUACGAGUUCGGGGUGUGCGUGCUGGAGCAGAAGAUGUACGUGAAGCUGGUGGUCAAGGAGUGCUGCGCCUUCCUGGAGAGCCAGCUGGACCCCGGCAACUGCAUCGGCAUCUCGCGCUUCGCCGAGACCUACGGCUGCCGCGAGCUCUACCUGGCCGCCAGCAAGUUCAUCUGCCAGAACUUCGAGGACGUGUGCCAGACCGAGGAGUUCCUGGAGCUGACGCACUCGGAGCUGGACGAGAUCGUGUCCAACGACUGCCUGAACGUGCUGACGGAGGAGACGGUGUUCUACGCCCUGGAGGCCUGGAUCAAGUACGACGUGCAGGAGCGCCAGAAGUACCUGGCGCAGCUGCUGCACUGCGUGCGCCUGCCCCUGCUCAGCGUCAAGUUCCUCACGCGCCUCUACGAGGCCAACCACCUGAUCCGGGACGACCACACCUGCAAGCACCUGCUCAACGAGGCCCUCAAGUACCACUUCAUGCCCGAGCACAGACUGUCCCACCAGACCAUGCUGCUGACGCGGCCGCGCUGCGCGCCCAAGGUGCUGUGUGCCGUGGGGGGCAAGGCCGGCCUCUUCGCCUGCCUGGAGAGGCCUGCCCACAUGAACAGCAUGGAACGCUACGAUCCGAGCAAGAACUCCUGGGAGACCGUGGCCUCCAUGGCUGACAAACGGAUAAACUUUGGGGUGGGGGUCAUGCUGGGCUUCAUCUUCGUGGUGGGGGGACACAAUGGGGUGUCCCACCUGUCCAGCAUCGAGAGGUACGACCCCCACCAGAACCAGUGGACGGUGUGCCGGCCCAUGAAGGAGCCCAGGACAGGCGUGGGCGCGGCGGUGAUCGAUAACCAGCUGUACGUGGUGGGGGGACACUCGGGCUCCUCCUACCUGAACACGGUGCAGAGGUACGAGCCCAUCUCGGACUCGUGGCUGGACUCGGCGGGGUUGGGAAUGCGCCCAUCCAGUUGGGAAUGCGCCCACCCAGUUGGGAAUGCGCCCAUCCAGUUGGGAAUGCGCCCACCCAGUUGGGAAUGUGUCCAUCCGACCCUUUCGAGAGUUGUGUCUGUUCCUCCUGUGGAAUGCGGAGCUCCCGAGCCGGGGGAGGCUGGCUGAGCGUGGGGGUGAGCGCAGGGGGGCUGAGCCCUGCCUGGCUGCACACCGGGAAAGCUCCAGGGGCUUUUCGUGACCGGUAACUCAAGGGCUGCCUUGUUUCUGUAUCUCAAGGUUUGUACAUAAUAAAUGCCAUAGGAUGUUGCCUGUACUCUCCUUUGUCACCUGCUUCCUGCUAGGAGGGCUGGGAUGAUCCUUGGAGAUGUUUACAAGGCAAAUUUCUUGCCUCCUCGCGACGUUUUUGGAUCUGACGGAGAGAAUUUGCAUUUUUAACUUUUCUGUUUUCUGCUCAUGGAGAAACAAGUGCUAGAUGAACUGACUUCAUCCUGCUGUGUGCUUUCAGUUGGAAUGCGAGGAGAAACACAGCAGCAGCAUUCCUAGCAUGAGACCCAAUAAAUAAAACCUCCAUCCCAGCCCAUCCCACCCUCGCUCAUGUCCGUGUUCCCCUUUUUCCAAGGACUGUGUGGUUGCUUCCUCUGAGUGUUCCCAUCUCACAAUGGUGCUAAAUGUAGGGGUACCCCCCAGGCUGUUCCUGAUUUCAGUGCAUAAAGCAUGUUUGGAUUGUUC